AUGGAGGACACCAGGUUGCACAAAUACUAUCGAACGCCCGGAUACGGGUUGAACUCGCUGAUAUACCGAUUUCUCAUCACCGAUUAUAAUCUCCGACGUUACCUCCAUUUAAACGCUUAUUGCGGAACGCUGACUUUUCUUGCGUUUCUCUUUGCAGCGAUUGUAGCCAUUUGUUCGAUUGCGAGUUUAAACAUGGUAACGUCGAACGGCGCACUUUUUCGUGAAUUGUUCACGAAAGCGGAGAAGAAGUUACCGCGGAUGAAGAGCAUCGUUAAUAUCAUACCUUCGUACAAAUGUAUUCACAAACAUUUGCAACGGAUGAGCGUGUUCCAAGAGAAAAUGAAGAAAAUGUUAUGCAAGGAGCACCUGGAGCUGGAAAUAAUGAACAGCAAAAUGUCAUGCAUCGAGAAGCUAUUGAAACCGGAGGAACAAUCCGAAUGGCGUCGUAGCAGAUCACCGAAGGUAUAUCACCGUCCAAUUAACGCAGAGGUAUCAAAAUAA